UUUCGCGUUUACCUCUUUUCCACACCCCUGUUUUUCCCACGCGCAAACUCUCUCUCCUCUGUAUUUCUUCCCUUCUCUUCUUCUCUUCACAACAGCCCUUCUUCCUUUCCAACAGCAGCAGACCAGUGCUCUCCUCAUCUCCUCAUAUCACAGCAGCAAUCGCCGGGGCUAACCGAGGUCAGGUCAUCGGAAAAGACGAGAAAGAUUAUGACGUCACCAACCAACCUUGCGAUGUUCCUCUCCGUAGUCUGGCUCUUCCUGUUGGCGCCAGGUACCGGAGGGAGUCCCUCGGCGGACAUAUUCGAGAGGUGGAUGGCUGACCACGGCCGCACAUAUAGAGACGAAGCCGAGAAAGAUUACCGGCGCGAGGUGUUCGCCAGGAACUUGGAGUACGUGACUGCCUUCCGUCGAGACAAAGGACGACGGCGCAGUUACACCGUCGGCCUCAACCGCUUUGCCGACCACACCAAGGAAGAAUUCCUCGCGACUUACACCGGCGGCAACCCUCCAUCAGUCGCCUGGGCUCCGGCACCUCCGCCUGCAACGGUGCCGGCCCCGUUCAAGUAUGCAAACACGACUGCCCCCUCCAGCAUGGAUUGGCGUGACAGAGGAGCAGUGACCCCGAUCAAGGACCAAGGCAAUUGUGGUUCGUGUUGGGCAUUCUCUUCCGUAGCAUCGAUCGAAAGCAUCAACCAGAUUGCCAACGGGGAACUGAUAUCUUUGUCAGAGCAAGAACUCCUCGCCUGCGACAACACCAACAGGAAGUGCAAAGGCGGAGUGCAUUACAAGGCAUUUUCCUUCGUCGUCGCCCAUGGAGGCAUCACCACCGAAGCGAACUAUCCUUACCAGCCAAAUCAGACUGCUUGUGACUAUAGCAAAUUAGCAGACAACGCAGUCUCCCUGACCAGCUAUAGCUUCGUGCCGAGCCACAGCGAGGAGUCGCUCAUGAAGGCCGUGGCAAACCAGCCGGUUUCCGUGUCGAUCGAUGCGAGCGAGUUCAUGCUGUACGCCGGUGGGAUCUUCGACGGGCCUUGUGAGGCCAAGCUCAAUCACGAAGUGACACUCGUCGGCUAUGGAACCGAUGGAAACGGGACCAAGUACUGGAUAGCCAAGAAUUCGUGGGGCACGGGGUGGGGUGAUCAGGGUUACAUCUUACUCGAGAAGGAUGUCGAUCGAAAGGAAGGGCUUUGUGGUCUCGCCAUUAGAGCUUCUUUUCCCAUCAUCUAGCUACCCAAUAUAUCUCAACGAUGGAAGAUUGAUAUAUCAUAUGUGCUUUCCUCUGUUUUAAUUGCUCGCUGAAAAAUAAUAACAACGGACGGUGAUUUUAGAUUGUU